UCGUGGUGGUGACACAACACACAACUCACUCAACAACUCCACAAGUAUAAUGUACAGAGAUAUCUAUGGCAACAACAGAAAACGGAAGAUGUUAUUGGUGAUGAUGAUGACCCUCGAUGCUUCUGUUGUCCUCUGCCUGCCCCAGACAUCAGGUGUGGGAGAGUUGUUGUCAGUCGCUGGUGGUGGUGUGGGCGCCGUGCUGGAGGCGGUGUCUCAGCCCACCUGCUCCCUCAUCCUCCUCACAGAUGGCACCACCUCACCCUCCACCAUCCUCAAGGAGGAGAGUGUCGUACGAGGGAGCCCCUGGGGUGUGGGGGUGUUCGAGGUGGUGGUGGACGGCCAGGACGCUAACGAGACCCUGGUGCUGCUCUCCCACCUGCUCCACCAGGCUCGACAGGUGAGGAUGGAGUCUCGGUGUGUGCGGGUGGUGGUGACGAGUCACGACCUGGUCUUCCUCGCCACCUUCGCCGAGUGGUCCCUCAAGGGCCGCCUCCUGGUGUGGGCCACCAAGCUGCUGGUGGUCACCAGCCUCCCACUCCCACAGCUCCACGCCCUCCUGUCCUCCCACUGGACAUUCUCCAUGAUGAACACCAUCUUGCUCAACCUGGAGGACACACAACCCAACCUCAGGGUCAGCGUGUACACCCACCUGCCAUACACCCCAGAGGGAGCUCAGGUGGUGAGAGCUGCUUCCUGGACACCAAACCGAGGCUUCGCACUAACGGCAGGUCGUUUACUCUUCCCACCAAAGUUCUCAAACUUCCACGGUGCCACGGUGAACAUAACCGCUCUGCCAUUCCCGCCUUACUGGGAUGUUCUGAAGGGACCUGACAACACAACACGAUACUCUGGCACUGACUACUACAUGCUGGAGGCAAUUGCGGCGGCUCUCAAUUUUACCAUUCACGUCGUACCAACUAAUUCCUGGGUAGAAGUUGCGAAGCGUGUAGAGGAGCGGGUGUCCUUCAUGGCAACUGUGUUCCACAAUAUGCUGCCAGAACGUCUUGAACGCUACGACUACUCAUGGGUGUACGAGUACGGGUCCCUUGACUUCAGUAUGGCCCAGCCGGGUAUCAAGCCACAGUGGCAGUCGCUCUACUACCCGCUCACUGACGUGGUGUGGGCGGCCGUCCUGCUGGCUCUGCUGCUCACCCCUGUGGUCCUGCUGCUGAUCAUCCGUGUGGAUGAAGGUGGGAAUAAUGAUGUGAAGAUUACAGUGGGAACAGUGGUACAGGAUGUAGCAGGAAUGUUAGUGGGACAGAAUCUGCCUCAACGGCUGCCCAGGACCAGCUCCAGUCGUGUGCUGGUGGCCACGUGGCUGAUGUUCGCUCUCAUCUUCGGGUCUGCCUAUCGCGGCAACCUCACCGCCUUCCUCACGCUGCCCAAGUACCCACCCCGUGCUGAGACACUACAGGAGCUCGUCAGUACUGCAGAUAGGAUAACGAUGCCACCAUACGGGGCCGAGUUCAAAAAUUUCUUCAGCAAGUCAGAUUCACAGUUGUUCAAGAGACUGGGCCAACUGAUGCAUAUCGUUCCAUCAGUAAAUGUCGGACAACAACAGGCGGUUGACAAAAAACAAGCACACCUGGACACACGACGCUAUCAAAAGCUGAGUAUAGCAAAGCGGUUCAUUGGGACGGACGGAACCCCCAAGUUAUACCUCGGCCGGGAGAGCAUCAUUCCUGGCCAGUCCGCCUGGCCCAUCCCCCACGAUGCUCCCUUUGGGCCCGUCCUGGACCGCUGCCUCAUGGCCGUCAUUGAGGCGGGACUGUACGAGCAAUGGAGCAAAGACUUGUUGUUCCAAGCCCAGGUGAAAAGCCGCAAGGGGCAGCAACAGCAACAUGUGGCAAAAAAGACAGACUCAGACAGCAGCAUCAGGUCCCUCACCACCACACACCUGCAGGGAGCUUUCCUCCUCCUCCUCCUGGGCCUCGGCAUUGCUGGAAUCACCUUUGUCGUGGAGCUCCUUAUACUGAGGCUUCUGCAGGCCAGCAGGGGAAAUUGAUCAUCGUGAUCUAGAAUGUUUGAAACUGUUUUGCUUAAUUAAGAUAAUAAUAGGAAACAAGAAAUGACUGAAUUAAAGACGUUAGGGUUAUGAUUUUACAUCUUGUAACAUUUGCAGUAAUAAUUUAAACAACUUUCAACAAUUUUCGGUAGAUUCUUUAUAGGUAAGUUACAAUGUUCUCCAGGUCCUGGCUUAUUUAUUAUUAGAGCCUCACCAAUGUAUAUCACUGUAGAUAUGCAACACAUCAAGACAUUUGAAAAUAGUUCAAGUCAUAUUUUCGAAUUUUCUGAUAUAAACUAUACCAACACACACAACCUGUCAUUCCCUGUCCUUGUAACAAUUACUAAUUAUUAACUGGUUUGUUAUCAGUCUCAAUAUAAUACCUCAUAAUUUGCUAAGUAUGAUGACUGACACUAUUACGACACUAUUUUAAUUACGUAAAUGUUGUUUCCAAACUGCCUGAGAUAUAAAUAUAUUUAGAACCUCUAAUUGAGUCCAGCUGUAUAACACUAUCUGUCGGGCCAAAUAUUUCAAGAAAUACAUCUCGGGAUUAGUUAGAUUUUGUAAAAGGAAACAUUUUGGAAACGUAAAAUGACGCUAUAUUACUGGAACAACUAGAACCUUGUGUAGAUGUGGCCAUGUCAUUUACACAUCUACGAUUUAGAAAAAAAUAUA